AUGGCAACAAAAGCCAAACAAGACAAAAUUUGGUUUUUUGAUGUGACAGAUCCUCAACUUCAUCCGAAUGGAUUUACAAUUUAUAGAGUUACCUGCAAGGUAUUUAUGAUCAACUCACCAGAAAGUUUAACAGAGACUGUUGUAUGGAAGAGAUAUAAUGAUUUUAAACAAUUGUUUAAAGCAAUGUUUUCACUACAUAGAGCUUUGCAUAGAAGAGAUAAAUUUCCUGAAUUUGCUAAACCAAAAGUAUUUGGUAUAUUUGAAGAAUCUGUCAUUGAAGAAAGAAGACAAAGUGCUUUAAGAUUGUUAAGAUUUAUUAGUGAACAACCUCAUCUCAGUAAUUCUAAUGUUUUAAGGAAAUUUUUAGAGGUAGUCUUAUAUUUCUAA